AUUAUUGCCUAAUAAGGCAGCAAGUCAGCAGGUUUUCAGAUGCAGCUUAUGUAUGACUUCCUCGUCUAACACACCUGAUUAAACUUUUUACCUCAUUAGUAGAGACUGCAAGACUUGAACUGGAUGUGACCAAUAAAGAAGACAUCAAAAAGGAAGACAAGGAAGUGCUGGGGGUCCACAGUUAAAAGGACAAGACAGGUUUGAGAAGCACUGUAGUAGAUUGCAGUGCCAUCUGCCUGCCAUCCGCUCUACUGCUGUGAUCUGGAUCUGUUUUGUGCUCUGUCCUUGUUCAACACCGAUUCUCAUCUGAGUGUCUGUCUGGGACUGACAUCUAGUGGAUGUUUUAUUAUCUGUGACCUUUAGAUUUGCAGACACACCUGUUUUACACACGUCAGGCAAACCCAGAACCAGGAAACAGGAAUCUCCUGAGUUCAGUGGAAAGAGAAAGUGUAUUUUAACUGCUGUGUUUGUGUCUCUAUUAAUGCUGUAAAAUGGCAGAAGCCAGAUUUUCUCAGGAUGACUUCAUCUGUCCAGUGUGUCUGGAACUCUUUAGGGAUCCAGUGACGAUUUCCUGUGGGCACAGUUACUGUAAAAGCUGUAUUACAGGCCACUGGGAUCAGGAGGAUCAGGUGAGAGUCUACAGCUGCCCUCAGUGCAGACAGACCUUCAUUCCAAGACCUGCUUUAGGUAAAAACACCAUUCUGGCUGAAGUGGUGGAGAAACUGGAGAAGACUAAACUUCCUGCUGACUGUUAUGCUGGAGCUGGAGAUGUGCAGUGUGACGUCUGUUCUGGAAGAAAAUACAAAGCUGUCAAGUCCUGUCUGGUGUGUCUGAACUCUUACUGUCAAACUCACCUUGCACAACAUGAGAGUUUCUUUAAAGGAAAGAGACACAAUUUGACUGAAGCCACUGGACGACUGCAGGAGAUGAUCUGCCGUGAACACGAUAAACACCUGGACAUGUACUGUAUCACUGACCAACAAUGCAUUUGUGUACUGUGCACAAAAUAUGAGCAUAAAAACCACAACACUGCAUCAGCUGCAGCACAGAGAACAGAGAAACAGAUGCAGGUGAAGGAGUUACAGAGAAGGUUCCAGCAGAGAAUCCAGCAGAGAGAGAAAGAUCUUCAGCAGCUGAGAGAGUCUGUGGAGUCUCAUAAGCGCUCUACACAGACAGCAGUGGAGGACAGUGAGAGGAUCUUUACUGAGCUCAUCCUCUCCAUUGAGAAAAGACGCUCUGAACUGAUACAGCAGAUGAGAGAUCAGGAAAAGUCUGCAGUGAGUCGAGCUGAAGAACAACUGAAGCAACUGGAGCAGGAGAUCAAUGAUCUGAGGAGGAAAAAUGCUGAGCUGGAGCAGCUUUCACAAACACAGGAUCACAUCCAUUUCCUGCAGAGUUUCCAGUCUCUCUCAGCACCUCCUGAAUCUACAUAUGUAAAUGACAAUCCCUUAAUUUCUCUAUUCUCUUUUGAUGGCGUGAGAGAAUCUGUCAGUCAGCUGAGAAUCAAACUGCAGGAUUUCUGCAAAGAAGAUCUCAAAAACAUCUCUGACGGAGUCAGAUUCACCAACAUUGUUCCCAGGACCAGGAACGACUUCCUACAAUAUUCCCAUCAGCUCACUCUGGAUACAAACACACUGAAUAAAGGCCUCCACCUGUCCAAGAGGAACAGAGUGAUUGAAUAUACUGUCACAAAGCAGCCAUAUCCUGAUCAUCCAAACCGAUUUGAUCAUUAUCGUCAGGUGUUGUGUAGAGAGCGUGUGUGUGGACGCUGUUACUGGGAGAUUGAGUGGAGUGGAUAUGUGGCUAUAUCAGUGUCAUAUAAGAGCAUUAGCAGGAAGGGGCGGGGUGAUGAGAAUUGGUUUGGACGUAAUGAUCAGUCCUGGAGUUUGUUCUGCUCUCCCUCCAGUUACUCAUUAAGACACAAUAACAUAAAGACUGAUCUCCCUGUGAAGGCCAUGAGCAGUAGAAUAGGAGUGUAUGUGGAUCACAGUGCAGGAACUCUGUCCUUCUACAGCAUCUUUGACACAAUGAGCCUCAUCCAUACAGUCCAGACCACAUUCACUCAGCCGCUCUAUCCUGGUUUUGGGGUUGAUUAUUAUGAAUCAUCAGUGAAGCUGUGUUGAUUAAUCAGGAAAAAAAAAAUGUAGAUAAGUUCUACCCGUAAUGCUUUGAGCUGCAUGAUUAAUCACUAACAGUGAGAUGUUAUAGUCUCUUCAUUAAAUUAAUACUGCAGUUGAACUUCAGUCACUGAAAUAUCAGAAUAAAUCCUCAUAUCACACCUCAUGGACUUGUAAUUGUGUUUUUGUUCCCCAUUUGUUCCCCUAUUUUCCCGGCUGUGUCUGAUUAUGUCAUUUGGUUCAGGUGUGUUUUGUAAUUACCAUAAUUUGCUCCACUACUUAAGUUCAAGUUUGUUCAGUAUGUCUUUGUCCGGUCUUAAUGUUGUCUGUGUUUGUGUAUCCUGCCUACCUUAUGUGGAUUACGCUUAUGUGGAUGUAUUAAAGCCGGUUUAUUGUUAUCUUUAUCGUAUUCAUGCGUUUCUUCUACACUGCACCGUAACAAUAUAGACAGUAAGAUCAGUGUGUCAAAGACA